AUGGAAAACUUGUCUGAUGCUAUAAUAUUUAAUCUCACUGGAUUAAAUGAAACAAGAUCACAUAAAUAUGUAUUUUUUACUUUUACUUUUCUUUUUUACCUCUUCAUCAUAUUUCUGAAUCUGACUCUGAUUGCUACAGUCCUCCUGGAGAAAUCCCUCCAUGAGCCCAUGUACAUCUUCAUCUGUAACUUGAGUAUCAACACACUGUAUGGAACUGCUGGUUUCUAUCCUAAACUCCUGGCUGACUUUCUCUCUGACACUCAUGUCAUCUCAUACACUGGAUGUUUGAUUCAAGCUUUUGUGAUCUACUCUUCUAUUUUGUGUGAGUUUUCUAAUUUAACUAUCAUGGCCUAUGACAGGUAUGUGGCAAUAUGCAAACCCUUAGAGUAUCAUUCUAUCAUGAAUAUUCUGACAGUUGGAAAAUUUGUUUUAAUGUUGUGGAUUCUUACAUUCAGCGAAACAGUGAUUCCAAUGUUUUUAACUCUCAGACUGUCUUUGUGUGGGUCUCAGAUUGACAGACUCUACUGUGACAACUGGUCGAUGGUAAAACUGUCCUGUGUGGACACAACUCUCAACAAUAUCUAUGGUUAUAUUGUAGUAAUUGUUCAUAUCAUACAAGCCUUUUUUAUUGUAUAUUCUUACAUUGAGAUCAUUAGAGAGUGUUUAAAGUCCAGUGAAGGCAGAAGUAAGUUUCUACAGACCUGUUUACCCCAUUUGAUCACAUUAAUCAACUUCAGUGUCACCACAGUCUUUGAUGUGAUGUUUGCUAGAUAUGGCUCU